UCAGAAGUCUGCAAAUAGUUUACUAGUGUCAACAAACUGCAACAGGGUUUCUCUUCGUCCGCACACGCUUCGGCUAGUUUGUGUAAAGGAGUUUGUUUGUCUACAGCAACAUGUGAGUCCACUCGGAGUGUCAGAGGACAGACCGACAUGUUGAAUGUCGGAGGUGUAAAUAAAGCAGAGGGCAGACAUGGAAACCUGCGUAAUGUCCGCGCUGGACAGACCCGCUGCGCAGCUGACCGUCAUGGACGUGUACGACAUAGCGGCGGGACUCGGACAGGAGUUUGAGUGGGUCAUCGAAAGGUUCGGGUGCGAGUCUCUGGUCGGGGUGGUGCCCAAAGUAGUGCGCGUCCUGGAGCUGCUGGAGGCCCUGGUGAGCAGCGGAGCCGCCGGACAGGAGGCCGAGGAGUUGCGGAGGGAGCUGGAUACGCUGCGGCAAGAGCGGAGCAACCGUAUCGCGCAGGAGAAGAAGCACCAGAAGGAAUUGGAGCUGGUGGAGGAUGCGUGGCGAGGAGAAGUCCAGGACCUGCUCUCUCAAAUCACCCAGCUUCAAGCAGAGAACAAGAGGCUGCUAGUGAGCCUCUCGCUCAAAGAGCUCCCCGUCACAGAGGAAGACCUGCAGAAACCUGAGGGAAUGUCAGAGAAAGAAAAGCAGGUGAUGAAGAAGCUGAAAGACUUGGUAGAUAAGCAGAGGGAUGAAAACCGGGCUCAAGACCAUGAGCUGACACAAAAAAACGAGGAUAUUGAAGCGUUCCAGACCCAGCAGCAUCGGCUGAUUAGAAUCAACCAAGAUCUUCGUCACAGGGCGGGAGUGAUGGAGGCUCAGGGCAAGGCACUGAUCCAGCAGAGGGCUGAGCUGGAAGCUGCAGCCCAGGCGCGGCAGCAGGAGCUGGUCGCUCUGCAGCUGGAGGUCACACGGCUGAGAAAGGAGCUCCAGGGAUGGCAACUGGAGAAAGAGGUCACUGAUAUUGAAGAAACCUCUCUUACCAGAUCUGGGAUGUCACCACCUACAUUGCCACAGAAGUUGUCCUCGCCAUCUAACUCCAUCAAACCAAAUUCAGUGUGGGUGGAAUGCGGAGGGGAUCCUGGCUUCCUGGCAAACUGCUUUGAGUGUGACAAGAGUCCUUCACUUCUCCCAAGGUCAUCACAACGAGGAAAUAAUGAGGAAGAGGGUGACAAAGACGAAGACACAACAACGUUGUCACUGAAGGUGUCAGAUGAUACAGACUCAGAGCGAGACACAGACAGCCCGGAGCAGGACUCAGACAAACCUGGCUUCACCCUGCAGGAGCUGCGGGACGUCCUGCAGGAGAAGAACGAACUCAAGGCCCAAGUGUUCUUGCUACAGGAGGAGCUAGCAUUUUACAAGAGGGAGGAGUUUGAGGACGACAUCAGCUUCAUGGUUUGUCCUCCGUCUCCUCCACCAUGCUCCAAUUCCACUGAUCAGGCCGAAUCGGGAAUUAGACGCUUGAUCUUCACUGCCAUAAUGCCGAUGGUGGCAGCCGGUUUGAUUGCAGAUGACCCUACAUUGUUGCCAAUCAGAAGACUUUUCUUUGUAUAAAUGAUAUUUGUUUAAA